CCAUGCAUGCAACAUAUGGCAACGGCGGCAACAACUGCGGCAACAGCAUCCACAGCGUUUGCAAUCAGCAGCAAAUCAGCAACUACAGCAACAGCAACAACAUCAACGGCAGCAACAACAACAGCAACAUGAGCUCCAGCGGUUUGCUUGGCGCCGGCUACAGCAACGAUUAUAUGGCCAAUGCAACAGCGGUUGCUGCAUAUGUGACACCAGCAACCGCAGCCGCUGCGGCAGCAGCAAUUGCAACAACAACAACAAUGCCAGCGGCAGUGAACACAACAACAAUGCUGUCUAAUUACUGCGAUGCUGCGACUAUGAUGAUGGCCGCGGCCGCUGUCAAUGCAAAUCAGUGCCUGCAACAACACCACCAGCGACUGCUGCUGGCCAGCAACAGCAACAGCAGCAGCAAUAGCAACAGCAACAGCCAUGAGCAACUGGCCACGGCAGCGGUCAUGGCCCCCGCCUCCUCGUCCUCGUCGUCAGCGGGCUCGCUGUCAUCGGCAUCGUCCACACCGACAGCGACGACCGUCGCGACAGCCCAGCAGCAACAACAACAGCAGCAGCAACAACAACAGCAGCAGCAACAGUCGCUGCCAUCGCCGCCAAAUUUAAUCGAUAUCAGUGAAGUUCCUCUCAUUGUGGAUGUCAAGUAGUGUAAUUAUUUAUGCAUAUUGAAAAAAAAAAAAUACAAAAAAAAAAAAAAAAAAAAAAAAACAAAACAAAAAAUCUCUAAUGAAAAAUGUAAAAAAAAAAAAAAAAAAAAGAGAAUCGUGUAGCUUAAUUGUUUUAAAAUCUCCUUUAGUUGUUGUAGCUUGUACAUAAACAAUUUUCAACUUUCUCCCAGGCGCCCACAACUGACAGCCAAAUGCGGUCUUGUAUCUUGUAGAUACAAUGCAGCUCCCUGGCUAAAAGUCGAAAGAAAAAAUACUGAAAUUCCUGAACGUAAAACGCUCAGAGAUUUUUUCAGGUUUUCUUCUUUUGGGCAUCCAUCAGUUCUACGUCUAUGUCUGUAUAAUAUUUAAAGGCACUGAGUUCUACUUAAUUUUAAUGCAAAUGAAAUCUAAACUAAACUGAACUUCUUUAUAUACCCUCCCACAAGCAAUGAAACAUUAACAAAAAUACAAAAAACAAAAAAAGACAAAUGUAAAUGUAUGUUAGGCAAAAUAUUUAUGUAUUUCUUGUAGCAUAUAUAUACAAAUAUAUAUAUAUACAUAUACAUACACCUUUAUAAUUAGACAGCUAUAUCUACAACAUAUAGCUCUAUGCGUUCUAUAGUGUACUUUAAUCUCUAAUCUCCCAGUGGUUUGCAGAAUUAUACCAAAAAUAUAUUUUUACUUUAUGUGUGGCAAUUAUAUUUUGUGUGUGCUUUAGCAAUGUUUUUUAUUUUUAC